AUGGAAGAAGAACUCAAACUUGAGAUUAAUCCAACCCAAAUAUCGGUUGAUAAAGGUCGAUAUCAAAGGCUUGUUGAGAGAAUGAUGUAUCUGGCUCACAAGAGGCCUGAUCUUGCCUAUGCCUUCAAUGUGGUUAGCCUGUACACAUAUGAUCCUGGCAAGCAACAUAUGAAGGAAUUUAUGAGGAUAUUGCGAUAUUUGAAGGGGAUUGAUGAUAGACGCUCGGCGUCAAAUUACUUUACUAUUGUGGAAGGUAAUCUUGUUACAUGGUGGAGUAUGAAGCAUAAUGUGGUUACUUGGCCAAGUGCAGAAGCUAAAUAUAAAGUUGCCCGUGAUAUUGCUCAGGACAGAAGACCAUGUUUUUUCGAAGUUCUUAGACAAGUUGAGCAUGAGUGA